UUUGCGAGUGACGAAUAUUCGAUUUACAUUUUCUUUUCAAUUAAGGUUUUUUCCGACAUUAAUUGCUGGGUUUGGGACUCUUUUUGAGUAGUUUUGUUUGUGUUUCAAUUUUUUUGUAAGAAAUACCGUUGCUGUGUGAACGUUAUAAAAUAAUGCCUUGACAAAUGGGUAUUUGAUGAAUACUUCAUGGAUGAGGGAAGAUCUAAAAAAUCAAAAUGAGUAAGAUGUCAAAGAACAAACUGAAUUUGACCCUUCCACCAGGGUCAAUAGACACAAACCCAGCUGCCACGCCAUCUAACAUGACACCACAGCUCAAAUCGGCUACUGCAAAUGAGCGGCAAGGGUUAGCAGGCAAGUCAAAGACAAGUAUAGAGGCUUUAACUGAGAGAUUGGAGCAAAUUGAGAUGGAUGAUACUCAGAGGCGCAGGAUAGAAGUAUUCCUCUGUCAGAAAGAGAAGAUCGGAGAGCUGAGUGAUGAUGACUUUGAGAAGCUUGGUGAAUUAGGCCAAGGCAACGGUGGAGUUGUAAUGAAAGUUCGUCACAAAUCUACCGGACUCAUCAUGGCACGCAAGUUGAUUCAUCUCGAAGUGAAACCGGCUAUAAAAAAGCAGAUAAUCAGAGAGUUAAAAGUACUUCAUGAAUGUAACUUUGCACAUAUAGUUGGCUUCUAUGGAGCAUUCUAUAGUGAUGGCGAGAUCUCUAUAUGCAUGGAAUACAUGGAUGGAGGGUCAUUGGAUCUUAUAUUGAAGAAGGCGGGAAGAAUUCCUGAAUCUAUUUUAGGAACAAUCACAUCAGCAGUUCUCAAAGGUUUGAGCUACCUUCGCGAUAAGCACGCCAUCAUGCACCGUGACGUGAAGCCGUCGAAUAUACUUGUUAACAGCAAUGGCGAGAUUAAGAUCUGUGAUUUCGGUGUUUCGGGGCAGCUGAUAGAUUCAAUGGCUAAUUCUUUUGUUGGUACCAGGAGCUAUAUGUCACCGGAGCGUCUGCAAGGCACUCAUUACUCAGUGCAGUCAGAUAUCUGGUCGUUGGGUUUGUCUCUAGUCGAAAUGGCCAUUGGAAUGUAUCCAAUUCCACCUCCUGACGCUAAAACAUUGGCAGCUAUAUUUGGUGGGCAGAAUGAGGACCACUCACCGGGCCAGGCGCCGAAUUCACCGCGUCCAAUGGCCAUAUUCGAGCUCUUAGAUUACAUAGUCAAUGAACCACCACCGAAGCUUCCAUCUGGCAUCUUCUCUGAUGAAUUUAAAGAUUUCGUGGAUCGCUGUCUCAAGAAAAAUCCUGAUGAGAGAGCGGACUUGAAGACUUUAAUGAAUCACGAGUGGAUCCGGAAGGCGGAAGCCGAGAAGGUGGACAUCGCUGGAUGGGUGUGCAAGACCAUGGACCUAAUGCCUUCCACGCCGAACUCCAACGUGUCUCCUUUUUCUUCAUAAGCUGCAAGAAGUGCAUACUUUCAUCAGCGAAAAAGGGUCAAAACAUUUCCCAAGAGAAAGCGAGCGACACGAUCAGUGAGGACGUUGGCGAGUAGAUGCCCUGAGACCACCCGAUGACAGUUCACUGUACGUCAACUCUAGGUACCAUUGUCCGGACCGCAACACACGCGACCACAUUCAACCUCACUACAAACGAAUAUAUAACUUAUGGAGACGUGAUAAAGGCCCGAUUUGUAUGUACACAUUAUUCAUUUUAUACGUCCUUUUAAAAUCAGCGUUGACAGAACGUAAUAAAUGUUUUAGUGUCUAUAAUGGAAAUCGUCUUUGAUGUUUUAUUGUUUAAUUUAAAAAAAUAGAAAAUUUCAUAAAACCUAAAAAAAUAUCGGGUCUUAAAAUCAUGUCUCGGAUUGUUAAAGAAAUUCACAUUGCAUCACGAAACACUAGUAUUGUUCGUGAUAUAUGUAUGUCAUCGAAUUAUCAAAAUUUAAAUAAAUUUAAUUUAUUAGAAAUUGGCUAUAACUUAAGGUAAAAACUUUCGUAGGAAUUAUCGACAAAAAAGUAAGUGUUACAGCACUACGGGUACGGAGCGUAAUCGAAACGGUACGAUCGCCGAGGCGGGUUUUGGUGUCGAAACUGUACGAGAUACAGUUUUGAGAGUCAGAAUACUGUCGAGCCGACCGCGCUUCGGAGUUAUGACUUUCCUUUUCAUAUACAAACUAUAUGAUUGCGUGAAAGUAGUGAAAGAUUUGAAGUAUCGAAACGUAACCAUCGUAACAAGGUGUCUGAUAGAUAGGGGUAACUUAAAAAAAAUAGCGAAUUCGUGGACGAACUAAUCGAGGUAUUAUGCAAUUAAAAAAAAAAAAACAACUAAUCGAUAAAUGGUCGAGUAGAGUUGAUUUCACUAGUCGCAAGUCGAAAAAAAAAAUGUUUGUAGUGUUUUGACAUAUUUUUCUUUGCUGAAAGUGCGUAAUUCAUGUCAGCUGGUAAACGUUAUUCGAAUAGUUAAUAGGAUUGCCUCGCUCGAGGCAAGUCCGGAGCUUUGGAAUACUCAAACAACUGCAUCGAUGCGGUUGUGGGAGCGUUCCAAGACUCGACGUCAUCUUUGUAAAAUAGAAUUGCAUUUUUAGAAUACACGUGAAAAAUAUAUUUAAAUAAUGAAAAAAAAUAAUAAAAAAAAAAAUAUAUUCGUAGAGAUAAUAUUUGACGUGUUGCACUUUAUCGGUUUGAUUUUUUUUUUCUUGUUUUGAAACGCUUCGUUUUAGUCGGUCCUUAUAUUUUUUUUACCCGCUCUAUUCCUUGCACCGAGUGUAGAUAGAUAGACACCGUAAUAUCUUAUUUAUACGCUGUAUUGAACGAACGAAUGAAUGAAUGAAUAGAAAUUGUAUUCGAAAGCACAAGGUUCUGUAUAUACUGCGUAUAAUGCACGCGCAUUAAAAAUUCAAAGUAUAGAUACGUCUUAAAUAUUCAAGAUAGUUUUGAAAUCGAAUAGAAAUUUAUUUUCAGUUGAAAAAAAACUUAACGAGUCAAUUAAAUUUCCAUUCCUCGUUCAUUUACUUUAAUGAAUUAGAAAUAUGACUUAAGCAAUAGAGAAAAAAAUUAAAUCUAUGUUGGACGUAUCUAUACAAAACUAAAAGUAUAUAU